AGAGCAAAAAGUGAUAGGCAAGUUAUUGAUUAAAAUUGAUUAAAAUUUUCAAGUUUUUGUUUUGUAAGAACUAAUAAGUCAAAUAUGUGUGAAUCGGAAGAAUCCGGAACAGAUAGUGCUAAUGAUGAUAAUGAUGAUAGUGUACAUGAACUACUCAAACAGCUAUGCCGCAGUAUGGCUAAAGCAGAAAAUAUAUUAGAAGAAAGAAAUAUCUGCAAGCUUAAGUCCAAAUGCAUUGAAAUAUUGAAAAACUUUCAAUUUCCAAAUAAGGACAGUAUAGAUAUUAAUUUUGACCACAUUCUCAAACUGGACGCUCGUAUGUUUGCAGCAAAACUGAUCUUCAAAAAAAAUCCGCUGAAAUUGCAAAAUAUCAAAGAUAUAGAAACAACAUUAGAAUCCAUUGAUAAAGUGGAUUAUUUUGUAAAUGGUCCAGGAAAAGAUGUUGUAAAGUUUCUUUUGUUAUUGGAAAAUGAAUAUAAGUAUGCAAAGUCUCAACCAUCAAUGCUAGUACCUGCACCUUUCACUCUGUUUGGAGAUUUUAAGGAUAAUAAACAUUACCCUGAGGCCGCUUUGAAAUGCUCAUAUAAUUUAAAACCACGUUUUUUUAGGGGUGUUGAAAAAAUUACAUCUGCGAAUAAUCCUUACAUGCCGAAGUUAAUAGCAAGUUACAUACAAAAUAAGAUGUCCUUACAGCUCAGUAAUUACAAUGCAGAAGUCUCAGGAGAAAAACCAACGCUUCAAACUUUGGAUAUGACGAAUCGGGAGUAUGGUUUGAAAUUUAAAGACUUUGAUGUAUUGAACAAUUUUAAAGAUAAAGAAAUCAUUGGAAAUGAAGCAGUCAAAGCUUGCAAAUUGCCAAUACUGACGGAAACGAUUUGUAAAUUAGGACCGAUCACAGAAGAUAUAUAUGAUAUUCUUGCACGGAUCUCUGAAAGUUUUAGUGAUGUUGGUGUAAGCAAAGAAAAAUUCGUCAAAGUAUUACUAGAUUUGAAGUGUUUACGAAAUGAGUAUAUUAGAAAUAGCUGUGUUGCUAAUAGUGUUCCUCUUCCGCAAUUUCUAAACAAUGUUAAACUAUUAAUUGUUGGUAAACAGUCGGAUAUAUUUAAGCUCAAUGAUGUACACGUAUUUGAUAUGGUUGCAGAUGUUACAACUGAAAAUUUAUUGCCAGGUACAAUACACAGUUAUAUUGAGCCUUUUUUAGAGAGCGGUACUGCUUACAGACGUUUAGAAGCAAUCUAUCUUGCCAAAAAUGAAUUCCAUGGUUUUCUGUUUAAGGCUUUUAGUGUUGCUUUAGAUGAAUAUUUAAUGGCAUUCCGUCAUCUCGUAUUUUCUGUUGAGGAUCAGUCUUUGUUGAGUUUCCAAAACCGUAUGCGAUAUAUUACAAAAUAUAUAGUACGCUUCACAAACGCUUUGAUAAUGAAACCAAGCAAGUCUCCACCCAUGGGUCAAAAGUUGCUUAGCUUUUUCUGCAAUGAAUUAGGACGUCAUACGGAUGUGAACUUCAAUGCAAUUCUUAUAUUUUUCAUUAGACGCCUAUGCCAUGUUUAUUUCAAUCAAUUAGAAAAAUGGAUAUUUAAAGGCGUUUUAGAUGACACUUUCAAUGAGCUAUUUAUACGUGAUAUAACGCAUUUUAAAUUUCAGACGAAAUACUAUUACAAUAGGGUUUAUUAUGUAAACCCAAACAGUGUACCUGAUUUUUUGCAAAAUUAUGAGAAUCUUAUUUUGCAAUGUGGAAAAUAUUCGAAUUUACUUAGAACAUAUAAACCAACUCAUCCUCUGUUUAGCAUAAAUUAUCCAGCCUUAAAUGUCAGUUUAUCUUAUGCUGAAAUACAAAAUCUACGUAGUAAUUGUCAAAAAUACUAUACAACAUUAUUAGAGGUGUGUGGUGAACCAGUUUCAUUAAAGAAGAAGAUAUGUAAAUGCAAAGAGUUGGUUAAACAACGUUUUGUCGAAGAUAGGGUUCAUCACUUGGAGAAAGAGGCGCUAUCUGAACAAGCCGUAGAAGAAAAACAUGUGGAUUUACUGCCUGUAGUAAAAGAGAACCAAUUAAAUAAAAAUCUCAAGGACAUCAUAACUGCAGUAACAGAUUCUAAUGAAAACUCAGUAACCUGUUCUGCUACUUAUAUACCGAUAACUGAUAUUGAAAGGAAUCAAUUUUCUACAAUUGAAACCCAAGAAUUGAAUGAACUUAAAUUUGCGGCAGACGAUGAUUUAAUAGACUUAUAUUGCAAUCGUAAAUCGUGUUUCAAGUACAAUAAAGCUCCUUUCUCAAAUGAUAACAAAUUUGAUGAAGAGUUCUUGCACAAAAGUCUAAAGAUACAGCCUUAUGAAUUACAUAUAGUGCCAAAAAUGCAGUGUGAAGAUGAAAUGCAAACCCCUACAUCUUCUACAACAGUCGCAAUCUUUAACAAAUCUGCAACGGAAGUAAUAGUUAAAUGUAAGGAAGAAAAAUUGGAUGAAGAAAGUGAGAAUCCAUCCCCGCAGAAAACAUAUUUAGAGUUACUUGAAGAAAAGAUAGCAGCUCAAGAGCUUGGUUCAAAUGUAUAUAAAGAAACCAAUAAAAUUACAGAAGCCACAUUUAAUUCAAGUGGGCUCAUGGUCAAGCCAGAAUGUGGUUUCACAAUGGCAAGCGGUACUUCUAAACAAGAAUUAACUAUAAAUAUCGAUGAUUCAUUCAUGAAUAAUGAGACCGAUAUCAAUGAUUUGCUGACACCUGGCUACAAAGAUUGCUAUCAAUACUGCAACGAACUUUUGAGAAGUAACUUUAGAUGCUACUACAAAGAUUCUUAUCAAUAUCCUAAUGAACGUUUGAGAAGUAACUUAAGACGCACAUCACGUAAGCUUAGGAAAGAAAACACUGCAGAUACUCUAGAUGUAGUAAGGCUUAAAGAUUUUCUACAAAAAUCUGUAACUAUGCCAUUAAAUGCUUAUUACGAAUGCGUCAGUAAUGAAGUUAUGCGUCUAUUCAUCGACGAACUGGAAUUACUUGCGCAUAUCAAGAGUUUGGGACAUUAUUUUCUGUUAAUGGAUGGUGACUUCUGUUUUAAUAUAACUCAUGACUUAUUUACAAAAUUGGAGGACGGCAUUAAGCCAGAGCACUUAUUUAAUCAUAGAACUCUGAAUAAUAUACUUAAUAAAGCAUUGGCUCCAAAAUGGACUGGUUCUUAUGAAAGAGGUAAGAGCUUAUCGUUCAUUGUUAGAAAUAUACCUGAAAAAUUUGACUUAAACUCUCUGGGAGUGUUUUGUGAUUUGACCAUGUCUUAUAAAGUAAACUGGCCUUUAAACUAUAUAAUUAAUCAAGAAAUAUUGGACAAAUAUGAACAUAUAUUCAAAGUGCUGUUGAAAAUAAAGCGUAUAAGUUGGCUUUUUAUGAAUUCGUUUCAAAUACUCAAAGCAUCUAUAAUCAAGCAUGGUAAACCACUUCUGAACUCUCCACAAUUCAGUCAUGUGCAAAAGAUUAUUUUCAAGUUUUCUAAAUUUAUACAAAAGUUGCAAAAGUACAUUAGCCUCACUGUUCUAAAGGGAUCAUCGAAGGUUUUCAAAAAUGACCUAAUAUACUCUAAUUGCAUUGAGGAUAUUCAUCGUGCACACACCGCAUUUGUAAAACGCGUUAUGGAUCAUGCUCUCAUUGAAGGUGGUAGCUUGGAGUUUCAGGAUAGGCUGAAACAAAUUUUUGAAAUACUUUUGAGAUUUUAUUAUAAUUUAAAAGCUUGUCAAUUUAAACUGCUUCCCGAUGAUGAGCACUUCACCCAUUCACGUUAUAAGAAAUUAAUCAUUGAUGAGUUGGAAUUCGAAGAAUCUCUACAAUUAAUAAUCAAUUUGUGUCAAGAAAUUAGUAGUCAAGAAGCGCAUCACCAAAAUAUGGAUAAGUUCAUAAAAGUUUUUACUUUUUAAAAAUAAUUGCACGGAAGAAGUUGCAAUUCAAUCCGGCUAUUAAUAAUAAAUAAGUUUUCAUUUGAUUGUACAUCAUCAUUAGCACAAAAAUUAGCUAAAAUUUGCCAAUAAUUACUGGUAAAACUUAAAGUUCUCAAAAUUAUAGUCAACCAAGUAAUUUACUAAAUUAUUAGUUACUAUAAAUGGUAAUAGUUUAAUGUAUGA